GGGUUUUCAUUUCGAAAUUCAUCAGCUUCGAAACAAGGCAAGCGCUCGUAUCUCCAACUUGACGCAUUCCUCACCAUGAACUCAAACGAUGCCGAAGGAGGAGAUGAAUUUUAUGAUGAGCUCGAGCUCAACGGCAACGACUCAAAGAAUGGUGGCAACGGCUACAUACUCAGGAAUGUCCUCAAGCUUCCCCGUGCUACGACCUACACAACACAAGCACUCUAUGAGCAAAUCAUUGGCAGCGACAUUGACUUGGACCCGGAGUACCAAAGAGAUGUUGUCUGGCCGGAGGCGAAGCAAAUCGGCCUUAUCGACUCUAUACUUCGCAAUUUUUACAUUCCGCCCGUAAUCUUUGUUUCGCACCAACAUGAUGAUGGCUCGGAAAGCAAGACGUGUAUCGACGGAAAGCAACGGCUGACUUCAAUACAACGGUUCAUGGAUGGAUUGAUUCAUCACAAAGACCCUGAAACCAAUGACAAGUACUGGUACAAGUCGACCGUCGAAAACCAACAAGGGCGCUCACCGGGCCGCAUGCUGCCUGAGAGAUAUCGACGCUUAUUUGCAAAUAAACAGAUCGUAUGCAUAGAAUUUCAGGACCUUCCUGAUUCUGAAGAACGCGAAAUCUUCCAGAGAGUACAACUCGGGAUGGCACUCACCCCUGCGGAGAAAUUGCAGGUGGUGAAUACCUCUAUGGCUAGCUUCGUGCGAAAGGUAGAAGCAGAGUAUUUCACAGAAGGAAAGCCUCUGGGCGGCCGCGCCCUAGAUUGGGACCGUUCCCGCGGCGGCGACUUCCGGUGCAUCGCUCAGGCGCUGUAUUGUAUCUCAAAGUACCCUUCCCUCAACUCAGUGGGUACCGUUGGGCAGAUAGAUAAAUGGCUGCACAACCCCACCCGAACUGCGGCACGGGCCAAAGGCAAAAAUAAAGCAAGUGACGACGGUGAAGACCUCACAAAGGAUGAACUCUUCCUGGCUUUGAUCCACGACACUUUCCGCGUCUUUUCGCAGCUCGUCGACGACCCUGAUUUGUCCCCUAUAUUCCUACAAUCCGGCUGGCGCAUCUCGCCUGUGGAGUUCAUCGUUAUAUGUCUCUUGAUCUCCAUAGAGAAAGAUCAGCUGCAACUGCGUGCCCUCGCAGAAAAGCUCGGGCGCAUGCGUGAGGUAGUUCGCGAAGAACACGUAGAUAUCCGGAUGAAUGGUCGUGUCGCUAAGACGCUACUCGACUUCAUCAAGGGGAUUGGCCCCGUGCCAAGCACCUCUGGCACGAAGCGGAAGCUGGAGGAGGGUGAGGAGGAGGAAGCAACGCUCGUCAGCAGGCAGGUGAAAGUCCGAAAACGAACUGAGACCCCGCCAGCACCGUCUCCCACCAUGGAUUCAUACAAUCAAAAUCACUUCGUCAAUCCUUCUAUGCUUAGCGCUCCCAUUCCUACACCGCCACCCCCGCGUCCAGUCAUUCCUGACAGAAUGGCAGCCCUCCGCGAUGCUAAGAAAUUUAUCUCGAUUCCUGCCCCUCCACGCCCCCCGCCGACUGCACCUGCUGCCUUACGGAAUAUGGGACCAGGUAGAUAGGCAUGUCUUAUGUCGGCGGUAUGCGCUCGCGGAAUUUAAAGAGGUAUAUUACUACUAUUCAUUAUCACGGCAGAUUUGUAUCAUAUCAGAUUUCAAAUUUGUGUCCUGUGACAAUUAUCUGACGAAGGUGUUGGCGUUGGUGGGCCCUCGGGCGGCCGGGCAGGGGUAGACCAUAUGCACACCCACCACGUUUUAUCUUUGCUCGUUGACAUAUCUAAUAUAAAAAUGAUAAGGAACUGAGGCGGCUUC